AUCGCUAAUCAAAGUAGGUGAAAUAGAAUUCAUACUAUUCCGAAUCUUCAGAUCUUGAUUAAUUUUAGUAUGUUGGCACUACACACAAAAUUUACAUUUGAAGAAGGAUGGUCCUUCGUACAAAAAGAUGUUAUCAAGCUGAUAAAAAAUAUAGAAGGAGAGUCUGAACCAUUAUUAUUCUACUUUUACACAAUUGCCUACCAAAUGUGCAUCCAUAAACCCGAUUACUCAGCAGAGCUUUAUGAGAAGUAUAGCGAAGUGAUUGAAGAUUAUGCUAUACAAACUGUGUUGCCAUCCUUAAGGGAGAAGCAUGGUGAAGAUAUGCUAAGAGAACUUGUCAGGAGGUGGAAUAACCAUAAAAUUUUGGUCAAAAGGUUAACCAUUGUCUUUGGUUAUCUUGACAAAUACUUUAUUCCUCGGAGACGCAUUCCAUCACUGAGUGAAGUUGGCUUGACGUGUUUUCGCGACCUGAUUUAUCGUGAGAUGCAGUCCACGGCCACAGAAGUUGUACUAGCACUUAUUCAUAAAGAACGUAAGGGCGAACAGAUUGAUAGGGAGCUAGUGGAAAACGUAUUAGAAGUCUAUGCGAAGAUUGGGAUGGGAACUAUGGAAAAAUAUGAUGAGGAUUUUGAAAGAUUCAUGCUUCAAGAUACUGUAUCUUACUAUUCUCGCAAAGCAUCAAUGUGGAUGAAGGAGUGUUCUAGCUCUGAUUAUUUGCUUAAGGCAUGUCGCCGA